GCAUAAACAACAUGCAGAAUCAUCCACAUCCAACAAGAAAUCAACCAUCAGCUUCGUAAUUUUCGGCAUUUUUGCAUAUUCUUGUUAGCAAAGCCAACGAUAAAUCAACUAAAAUGCCGGAUUAUUUAGGAAAUGAAAUGCGGAAAGUGAAGGAGGAUGAAAAGGAGGAAGAAAAAGAAGUGAAAGCCCUUGACGAGGCUGAUAUCGCCCUACUGAAGACCUACGGCCAAGGUCAAUACACACGGAGCAUCAAGACUGUGGAGGAGGACAUUCAGGCCACCAUCAAGAGGGUCAACGAACUGACUGGAAUCAAAGAGUCGGACACGGGUCUGGCUCCGCCCGCCCUGUGGGACUUGGCCGCCGACAAGCAGACCCUGCAGAACGAGCAGCCGCUGCAAGUGGCGCGCUGCACCAAGAUCAUCAACGCCGACUCGGACGACCCCAAGUACAUCAUCAACGUGAAGCAGUUUGCCAAGUUCGUGGUUGACCUUGCGGACACGGUCGCGCCCACAGACAUCGAGGAGGGCAUGCGUGUCGGCGUCGACCGCAACAAGUACCAGAUCCACAUUCCUCUGCCACCCAAAAUCGACCCCACCGUCACCAUGAUGCAGGUUGAGGAAAAACCGGACGUCACCUACAGUGACGUUGGCGGCUGCAAAGAGCAAAUCGACAAACUGCGAGAAGUCGUCGAGACUCCCUUGCUUCACCCUGAGAAGUUCGUCAAUCUUGGCAUUGAGCCCCCGAAGGGCGUCCUUCUGUUCGGCCCUCCUGGAACAGGAAAAACUUUGUGCGCCAGAGCGGUGGCCAACAGAACCGACGCUUGCUUCAUUCGAGUCAUUGGCUCUGAACUGGUCCAGAAAUAUGUUGGAGAGGGAGCUCGAAUGGUCAGAGAACUCUUCGAGAUGGCCAGGAGUAAGAAGGCUUGCUUAAUCUUCUUUGACGAAAUCGACGCCAUUGGCGGUGCCAGAUUCGAUGACGGCGCUGGCGGAGACAACGAGGUGCAGCGUACCAUGCUGGAACUGAUCAACCAACUUGAUGGAUUUGACCCCCGAGGCAACAUCAAGGUCCUGAUGGCCACCAACCGGCCGGAUACCCUGGAUCCCGCCCUGAUGAGACCUGGACGUCUCGAUCGCAAAGUCGAAUUUGGACUGCCUGACAUGGAGGGACGAACUCACAUCUUCAAAAUCCACGCUCGCUCGAUGAGUGUCGAAAGGGACAUUCGAUUUGAACUUCUGGCCCGACUCUGUCCCAACAGCACAGGUGCCGAGAUCAGGUCGGUGUGCACCGAGGCUGGCAUGUUCGCAAUCAGGGCCAGGCGCAAGGUUGCCACCGAAAAGGACUUCCUUGAGGCUGUCAAUAAGGUUAUCAAGUCAUACGCCAAGUUCUCAGCUACCCCUAGAUAUAUGACUUACAACUAAAAUUGCUGCUACAGUAUGGUUUGUUUCUAAGUUAAUUAAAUAAAAGUGCAAGAUUUCAAUAAGAUC